AUGGCCUCGAUUUCGCUUCCGCAGUCCCAGGCGGGCUUUCUGCCGCAUUUCGACACAUCCAACCAGUCGCCUCCCAAUACCGAUCGUCGACAUAUGCACGCACCAUUGCCUAAUCCUCCUUUCGUCUUUCCGGCGCACGACUCCGAUACUCCUGACAGCCAAUCCGAGACUGUCGAGCAUCGGGAACGACCCGCGUUACCGGCAUUUUCUUUUAAUCCUGGAGCAGAGCAGCAAUCGUCACACCUUUCCGCCCCGUCCUUGUCGAAUCCUCGAGCGGGCGGACACCGUCGGCGCCCAAGCGAGUUUGUUGGAAAUGACCACCUGGUGACACCAGAAACUCUAGGACCAGGUCACAACCGGGCGUCCUCCAUGAUCGAUCAGACUAUCCCACCUCCCGGACCGGGCGUUGGCCGCGUUCCUGGACGACGGAACCAUGCCCAUCGCCGUUCAGCUGCGAUUUCCGGGGUCGACUUGAACACCAUCACAAAAGCGCUCGGCCCCAAUUCUGGAACAGGUAGUGCGCCGUGUACCCCUGCUGAUCCUAACCGCAAGUCUGUCAUCGAUGUUUCCGCGCGCCCAGUUUCACAGUCAGCCAUGAGCAUCGGCCGUCCCACGCCUCCCGCAUCUCCUCAAUUUCCUGCGUUCGUUCCUCCCGUUCCGCCUAUUCCAGCCGCUAUUCAAGAGAAGAUGGCUCUAAACAGCCAGACGUCGACUGUUGAACGGCCAAUGCCUGAUGUGUCACACGGUUCAUCGGAAAGUACGAUCACGAUCAAGUUCCAGCCAUCGGUGGGAAAGCCUGAUAUCUCAGCCCCGUUAACGCCGAGGCCUGACUACAAACCGAAGCCUCGACCAAAGACGGCGGAUGCAUCCUUGGUUAUGGAUUUCAUGCAGAUGCAGAAUGACGACUCGGCUUCUAUAAAGCGUUCACAUUCAGCCGCCGGGCAUUCGCGCUCCCGAAAGAGCAAAUCAACCCCGCAUCUCGAAUCGACACUCUUGCCUGGGGAUAUGCAAACGACAGACACAACCCGACCUUCUUUUUCGGAGACCGAUACAUCCGGCGAUGAAGCGACGGGUAGCACGUCCGACAACAAAUCCCCUCUCAAGUCGAAGAAGAAAAAGCAAAAGCGUGUUCGCUCCUGGGCAGGCCACAUUCUUACUCGUACCAAAAGUAAGGGCAAGGGCAAGCGCCCUGCAAAGGCAGACACAGAGGAGGAGACGCCUGUACCUCGCGUUUCCGCACCUCGUCCUCCUGCUCUUACCCGGACCAGUUCAGGUAUCGGAUCGGUUUUGGAUGUGGAUUUUGAUAACGAUGAUGUCGUUGUCAUCCGGACCCCCACUAAUCCGGCAAUGCCUCCUGCUGCUUUGGAGCCCAUUGGUACUGAUAAACAAGACGACGGGGCUUGUCCUCAGUCUGGACAAUCGCUAGAAUCAUCUUGGAAACCGAGAAGUUUCUAUGAACAGGACCUUGGUUCCAACGCCAAUAUGCUUAGUAGCCCUAUCAUCGACCUCGACGCUGCGCUUGGCCCCUUCAACACUCCCGAUAUGCGACCUGUUACCCAGGGUGCGCAUAAUAAGAACUUCUCGGUUGCAACCCAGCGGAUGUACAGUGGUGGAAGACGGGGCGAAUUCGUUGGCCCGGAGAUGCGAUAUCAUAGGCGCACGGAAAGUGCUCCGGUAAUGCAACCAUUCGACCGCUCUGCUCUUGGCGCGUUCCGUCUUGGCCCAACCUCCGCAGUUGAGACUCCCGACGUAUUCGAUGAGGAAGAAGAGGACGCUUUCUUGGCUGCAACCCAGUCGCCUAAGACUGAGCUCCCUUCGUCAUCAACGGCGGAUCCAGUCUUUUCGUCAUCGGAGGAUGAUGCGAAGUCUGCUCACAGCAGUGAUAGCGCUGACACUGGCGACACUCUGACCAGGCCCACCGCCCGCAGCAUUUCCUCUCAACACACUGGCCUAGGCAUUCAACAAGUCGGUGGACAACUGAUCUCCCAACAGCAACCGGGAAUGAGCGCUGCUGAGCAGGUACAGACUGCCAGCAACCCUUUCGUCAAGAAGCCUCGAAGCCCUGUGGAGAUCUUGAAGACGGAGGAGCCAGCACAUCAUCCAAUUGGUCCUCCUAGUCCCGACGUGUCUCCUCGAUUUUUAGCUGUCGACAAACGACCGGCGACAUCGCCCGUUGAACUGCUGCCCAGCAUUCCACCAUUCACGUUGCACCCGGGGGUUUCGCCGUCCGACUCGUCUUUCCCAUCCCCGGAUACUUCGCGAUCCAUUGCAGCAUCCUCGAUGACUGAUCAGAACUUCUCCAGUCACUCGUAUCAUCAACUUCCUUGUUCAGAAUAUCCUUACGCAUCGGUUGAAGAUGUUCCAUCUUUGACCAGUAGCGCAUCGACCAUGACCAACACCUUGAACCGCUUUUCUGCAGCUUCCUUCUUCCCUCGUGGGCGUGGCUCCACCGACCGUGCUGCAUCUUUCUCGGCCGCUGGAACCAGGCGCACCAGCCAGGCUAACGCCGCCAAGCGCUCUAGUCUAGCCAGCCUCUCGAAACUAGUCGGUGGACCACAUGCCGAACGGAGCAAACUCAAUCAGGAGGAGAAACCCCCUGGAGAUACAUCCGAGCACACGAAGAAGAAGGGCCACCGUCUCAGCCGAAUGAUGCACUUCUGGAAAGUGAAGGACAAGGAGAAGUCAUCCACCGAGGAAGCAUCCGCAAACGAACGACCACAGUCGUAG